CAGUUCUCCUUGACAAAGCCCAGCCAACUUGAAUCGUUGAUUUCCUGCACUUCCUGCCAGGACAAACCCUACAAUGCUCGAGCGAUAAACACCCCGACCAGGAACAAUGUCUGCUCUUCUCUCGCUCCUCGGCUGGAGCUUCCUCCCAAACCUCGUCACAGGCUGGGCGCAAUCCCUCUACUACGGCAUCACCAUCCGAGCCGGCGACCCCAAGCCACAGCCAGGCACGCCGCGGUGGGCCGAGCACCGCCGACGCAUCCACAUCAUCGUCGUGACCCUCUACCUCCUGUACACCAUCUACGAGGCCGACUACGAGCUGCAACAGGCCGGGUCCUUCUACACAGACCUGGGCGUGCCGCUGUCGGCCACAGACCGCGAGAUCAAGUCGCGCUUCCGGCGGCUCGCCGCGCUGUUCCACCCGGACAAGGUCGGUGCAACAGGCGGGGCCGGCGGCAACGCUGCUGGUAGUAGUAGCAACAGCCAAGCCGCCGAUGCCAACGCCUAUUUUGUGCACCUCAAGACGGCGGCCGACACGCUGACGGACCCGGCGCGGCGGUUCGCGUACGAGCGCUUCGGACCGGACAGCGUGGCGUGGCAGGCGCGGUGCGUCACGGUGCGGGAUUUCGUCGUGCGCGGCGCCCAGGCGUUGGUGCCUUACUACGUCACGGCCGCCGUCUUCAUGUACGCGCUGGGCCUGUUUGGGUACCUGAACUGGGGCCGGUACGAGCGCUGGCUGGUCCUGGCCGUGCUGUUCGUCUUCGAGGUGCACACCGUCACCCGCCCUGGGAUGCCGGCCGUGCUGGACAAGAUGGUAAACCCGCUCCUCACGAGGCUCACGGGCCGCGCCCCAUACCUGCAGUUCCAGGCCAUCGCGCUGGCCAGGAAGCUGAGCGCGACCGUCUACAUUGCCUUCUCGCAGAUUGGGCCGCUGUUUGUCGCAGACACGUCCACGGGCCAGUUGGUGGUCAAAGGGAGGAGGGCGGACGACGAGGCGGCGCUGAGACAGGGUCUGGAAAGGCUCGAGAUGGCAGCCCAGCGGCUGGAUGCGGACGCGGCUCGGCUGCUCGAGACCGAGAUGGCGCCGUUCGCCGGGGACGAGGAGACGGUCAAGUCCAUGUGGGCCAAAGUCAGAGAGUGGUUGGUGCAAAAUACCAUUCGCUCGGACCCCAUGGUGCGAGAUGCGCUGGGGAGGUCGUUUGCAAAGCGCAGAAUGGAUGCGCCUGUAGGAGCAAAAGGGAACAGGUAGCAGGCGCAUCAUCUUAUCUAGAAUAGACCGCAAUUGUUUUCGUUCAAUGCGUAAAGCUGCUAGUGUAUGUAUGAUUUCUACGGUUGAAG